GGCGCCCUUCGUACUCCAGAAAGCACACUUGUGCGGUUGCUUCCCUUUUUGGCAGGCGAAGGAAAUGCGGCGGAGGGUGGCUGAGUCACGCCUUGCCGCCCUCCCCUCCUAAGGGGGAGAGACAAAAACAAGAUCCUUGACAGAUCCCACCAUUCCUACCUUGGCUAUACACAUCCCUCCCCGCUUACCAUGUCCGCCGCAUCCAUGUCAAAGUUCCUGACUCAGGUCAAGGUCUCGAUGGCCCCGUUCUCGCCCGCAUCAAAGACAGCAAAAAUCUUCUUGUCGAGGAUCAUCACCAGCGAUGCCACCGCUGCCAACCCCACCCUCAAAAUCGUUACUGACUCGCAUGCUGACGUCACAAAGUCCGCUACGAUCCAUGUCACCUACAAGGACGGUAAGACCCUCGACCUCAAGGCAGACGAUAUGAAGGUCAAUGAUGUCCUUCGCCAGGUCGGAAAGCACGCCAAGAAGCUCCAGGAGAAGGAGGACGCCGCGUCAUAAAAGGACGAUGGAGGCACUAUGCUCUCGAUGGCAGCAGUAAGGGGCAGAGCACAGCAUUUUCAGGAACGAACGCGCGGAUAUCUUAGAGGCACGCAAUUGUACAACAAAUAAACACUUCAGCAUUGGCAGCAAACAUUGUCAAAGGGUUCUGGAUUGAUAACAUUCGCCAUUUUUCGUCCCUUAAAGCUACCAUGAAGCAAUUGACGACGGAUAGAGGGUAUAAUGACUCAACAUCGUUUUACAGAGGCCCAUACAAGUCAAUCUUUUUGGUAUCGCCCAACAGGAUAUGGCAUACGCAUCCAUGUUGGGUUACC